CCCGCCGUCGAGAAGGUGCUAAUCUUAAGGCGGCAUUUAAGCCAUAUAAAUAGGGGACCCAAACCCCAUCGAGGGCUUCAUAAUAUCUUCGACGCCCUCAUAGAAAUUCUCUCUUUCACCGAUCUCUCAUCAGCGUCUCCUCAGAUCGAUUUUUCAAGGUAUUUCUCUCGAUUCUCUCCUUCAGAAUACGAAGAUCUUGAUCUUGAUUGUUUCUGCUGUUUCGAUUCAACCGUUUAUUCCUCUAGAUCGAGAGAUGCAAAUCUUUGUGAAAACUCUUACUGGUAAGACCAUAACCCUUGAGGUUGAGAGUUCAGACACAAUUGAUAAUGUAAAGGCCAAGAUCCAAGACAAGGAGGGAAUUCCCCCCGAUCAGCAAAGGCUCAUCUUUGCUGGCAAGCAGCUCGAGGAUGGGCGCACUUUGGCUGAUUAUAACAUCCAGAAGGAAUCCACACUCCAUUUGGUGCUUCGUCUGAGAGGUGGCAUGCAGAUCUUUGUGAAGACCCUUACUGGCAAGACCAUUACCCUGGAGGUUGAAAGCUCGGACACAAUUGAUAAUGUUAAGGCCAAAAUUCAAGACAAGGAGGGAAUCCCCCCAGAUCAGCAGAGGCUCAUCUUUGCAGGCAAGCAGCUUGAGGAUGGCCGCACCCUGGCUGAUUAUAACAUCCAGAAGGAAUCCACACUCCAUUUGGUGCUUCGUCUGAGAGGUGGCAUGCAGAUCUUUGUGAAGACGCUUACCGGCAAGACCAUUACCCUGGAGGUCGAAAGCUCGGACACAAUCGAUAAUGUUAAGGCCAAAAUCCAGGACAAAGAAGGGAUCCCCCCAGACCAGCAGCGGUUGAUCUUUGCUGGCAAGCAACUUGAGGACGGUAGGACCCUCGCGGACUACAACAUCCAAAAGGAAUCCACCCUUCACUUGGUCCUCCGUUUGAGAGGAGGAAUGCAGAUCUUUGUGAAGACCCUCACUGGCAAGACCAUCACUUUGGAGGUGGAGAGUUCGGACACCAUUGACAACGUGAAGGCGAAGAUCCAGGAUAAGGAGGGCAUCCCACCGGACCAACAGAGGCUGAUCUUUGCCGGGAAGCAACUUGAGGACGGGAGGACUUUGGCUGACUAUAACUCAGAAAGAGUCGACUCUGCAUUUGGUCCUCCGUCUCCGUGGUGGUUUCUGAGUUUCUGCGCCCGUGGGUCUUUUAUGCAGUAAAGUUUGCCUCUUUCUCUAGUUGGGUUUCUUGGGUUGGUUUGCUAUGGUUAAGUUAUGAUGUGUUCUGAUGAAACAAUUCUUCGAAUAAAUUUGAGCUCUGUAGUACUUU